AUGGUCAUCAGACAAGAUCUGCAGGAGCUCACAGCAACUCUGGGGGCAGAAAUGUCCCAGCUAUGUACUGAAGUUACCACACAGGGGACCCGGGUACAGGCCCUAGAGGACGCAACUCGGAACAACGCAGAGAGGACGACAGCCAUGGACCAGGCCGUGAGGAGGCAGGGUUUCAUUCUGAUAGAUACGCGGCGCCAAGUAGAAGACCUGGACAACUGCAGCCACAGGAAUAAUAUCCAGGUGCGCGGGGUACCGGAGCCAGAGGGGGAAGAAGAGGUUAACUGUGUACUUACCUGCCUAUUCAGCACCAUCCUCCGCAAUGAAGUCCCUGUCAACUUUGGAUUCAUACGGGCACAUCGAGUUUCACAACCAUGA